CCAUUUCGUGGCGGUGCUGCAAGUGGCCGUUUCGCACCGACUUGCUGUGACGACAGCGGACAAACCGCUGUUUUGGUUUAUUUUAUGUUAUUUUAUUUUUUCUCGUUACAAUUGGAUAGCUACAAAACACCCAACCUGAUGGAAGCGGCGCUCAAUUCGUCUCAUCAAAGCUCCGCGGUGGGGCUGUCCUGCGGUGGGAUGGACCCGCACACUAGCACCGGCAAGCGCAUCCGCAAGCCCUCGCUGCUCUACGAGGACUUCGAAAGCCCCUCGCUGCCGCACGCCAUGCCGGCGGGUCCGCCUGCCCCUCCGCAGCCCUCCGUCAGGGACCCGUUCCGGCUGGGCCGCGCCACCAACCAGCUGCAGUACCUCCAGAAGACCCUGCUCAAGUGCCUUUGGAAGCAUCACUUUGCGUGGCCCUUCCACGAGCCAGUGGACGCUCACAGGCUCAAUUUGCCUGACUACCACAAGAUCAUCAAGCAGCCCAUGGACAUGGGCACCAUCAAGAAGCGCCUGGAGAAUAACUUCUACCGCUCUGCCAGCGAGUGCAUCCAGGACUUCAACACCAUGUUCACCAACUGUUAUAUCUACAACAAGCCGACCGACGACAUCGUGCUGAUGGCACAGUCCCUGGAGAAGGUCUUCCUCCAGAAAGUGGCUCAGAUGCCUCAAGAUGAGGUGGAGCUGUCCGCGCCUGCCCCCCGCAAGAAGAGCAGCCAGGGACGCGGCCGCAAGACGAGCCCCAUGCGUGCGCAGCAGGUUCCCGCCGUGUCGCAGUCUGCCUACUCGCCGUCCUCCUCGGACACGGGCGAGUCCAUGCUGGCCAAUUCGCCGCAGACGGUGCUGACCAAGAGCCUGCCUCCGGCUACCAUCAUGGGCCUGCCUCCCACGCAGCCCACCACAAAGAAAAAGGGCGUUAAGCGCAAGGCGGACACCACCACUCCGUCCACCAUGGGCUUGACGGUGGGCAUGUCGGCGGAGGGACACGGACACAUGGUGGGCUUGGGCAAGGGAGGCCACGGCGGGCAGGUCCAUGAAUCCCCCAUGAACACCAUCUCCUGCAUGGGCACCAUGACCCUGGAGACGCCGGCAGGCAUGGGCCUGGUCCACAGCCCUGGCGGGCCCAUCCUGCUGCAGCCCAUGAUGUCGGUGGUGGGGCGGCGUGUGGGCAGUGGGCGUCCCAUCAAGCCGCCCAAGAAGGAUCUGCCAGACUGUGUGCAGCUGCAGCCAUUGCGAAAGGGAAAGCUGAGCCCGGCCUUACGCUACUGCUGCGGGCUGCUCAAGGAUAUGUUCUCCAAGAAGCACGCCGCCUACGCCUGGCCCUUCUACAAACCCGUGGACGCCGCCGAGCUCGGCCUGCACGACUAUCACGACAUCAUCAAGUGUCCCAUGGACCUCUGCACCAUCAAGAGGAAGAUGGACGGUCGCGAGUACCGUGAUGCACAGCAGUUUGCUGGCGACGUACGCCUCAUGUUCUCCAACUGCUACAAGUACAACCCACCCGAUCACGACGUGGUGGGCAUGGCCCGCAAGCUGCAGGAUGUAUUUGAGUUCAGCUUCGCCAAGAUGCCCGACGAGCCGCAGCUUGACCACACCGCCUUGUCCCUGAGUUGCCACCCCACGUCCUCCUCCUCUUCCUCUUCUUCCUCCUCGACCUCCUCGUCAUCCACGUCCGAGAGUGAGCCCAGCAGUGAGAGCGAAGAGAGCAGCCCCAGCUCGGACAGUGAGGAGGAGCGAGCCCACCGGCUGGCCGAGUUGCAGGACCAGGUGUGCACGCAGCUUCGAGCUGUGCAUGAGCAGCUGACUGCGCUCUCCCAGGGCCCCAUCGUCAAGCCCAAGAAGAAGCGUGAAAAGAAGGACAAGAAGGAGAAGAAGAAGCACAGGAAGCCAGACAAGCGCAGUCGCGCAGCCAAGAACCGAGCGGGGUCCGAGGAGUGGACCAUGCCCACUAAAAUGCUCAAGAGCAAAGCGUCACAGGGCAGCGCAUCGCAGCUCAAGAAGAGCCAAACUAAGAAGAGCAGCAAGAGCAGCAAGAGCUCCAAGAAGCCUUUCUACCCGCUGUUGCCGGCUGCCAUGCUGCCGCACUACGACUCUGAGGAGGAGGAGGAAAUUGUGCCCAUGACGUACGACGAGAAGCGGCAGCUGAGCCUGGACAUCAACAAGCUUCCGGGCGAGAAGCUGGGUCGCGUGGUGCACAUCAUCCAGUCGCGGGAGCCCUCGCUGCGCGACACCAACCCCGAGGAGAUUGAAAUCGACUUUGAGACGCUCAAGCCGUCCACACUGAAGGAGCUGGAGCGCUAUGUCAUGACGUGUCUGCGGAAGAAGCCGCGCAAGCCCUACACCGACCAAGCAGUGAAGAAAGGCGGUGUGGUCAAGUCCAAAGAGGAGCUGACCCUGGAGAAGCGUCUGGAGCUGGAGAGGAGGCUCCAGGACGUCAGCGGACAGCUCAACUCGGCCAAGAAGCCUGCCAAACCUAAAGCGGAGAAGGCCAACCCCGCCGAGGCCCACGUGCAGCCCUCGCGCCUCAGCGGCAGCAGUUCCAGCUCGGACUCGUCAUCGUCCUCCUCCUCCUCGUCAUCCUCGUCCUCAGACACCAGUGAGUCAGACUCCGGCUGAGAUCUUUGCGGCUAAAAUAGAAAAUAAUAAUAAUAUAAAGAAGAAGCAACUCAGGGACUUGGGCUGGCCCAGGACGCGUCACUCCCUGAAAACGGACUACUGUAUUGAACUCCUUUUGAAUGUUAGACUUGAAGGAUGUGUGGGGACAAGAAAUAAUUGAAAUAGAACACUUAAUGCCUUUGCUUUCUCCCGCUUGCUUUUGUUUCGUUGUUUGUAAAUAACAUGUACAAAAAUGUAUGUUUCUUUUAUAAAGAAAAAUUUUAUGAUUAUUUCCACCACCCAGAGAAGGAUGUGGUGCAAGUCUUCUUUGGAUGUAUUUAUUUAUUUGAAAACUCGACAAAUGUUUUUGGCUAAUCCUCAUUAUCUCCCUCCUCUUCCCUUUAUGGACCCUGCUUUAUCUUCAACACAUGUCGAUGAACUGUGUAAAAGCUGCUUGAGCAUUUAUUUGACAUCAAUCUUAAGGUCUAUGUACUAGUAUGCCCUUUGUCCUCGCUAGUAAGAAAAUUCAGUGUGACUAGAGCGCAGAACAACUCUGGCUUACUAGUGUAAAAAAAUUCUACUAUUAAAGGACAACUUUGGCAUACUAGUAGGACAACUACAUGUUACUAGUGAGGCAAAACC